AUGUGGACUUCUGUCACGCAGGAGCAGAUCGACCGCUUAGCACUCGAAGCCUUCUUGCCGGUGGUGCUGCUGCUCAACUACACUCUUCUGAUGUACCUGGCGGUGUUCUACUGGACACGGCGACGGGAGCGGCGAGUUGCGUUGCUGUUGUUCGUCGGGACUCUGGGCACUGUCGCGGUAAUUCCAUUCGCGCGGCCAGAUCCAGGGUUCGUGGAGACUGUGAACGACAUCUCGGAGGCGUGCUGCGUGUUGACCUUCCUACUGCAGAUCACCAUCAUCGGCUACGACCUCAACAAGAAGUUCAAAAUGCGCUCCGUCAUGUUUCUCACGUACGCAGCGGAGGUGCUGAUCAUGGCCGACCUGGUAUCAAUCCUGCUCUCGUUCGUAGUACUGGUCAGCCCCGCAGUCAUGUCCGAAAGCACAGGGCAAGAGAUCUCCAACGUUGCUGAGAAUGCGAACUUGGCGUUCAUCUUCAUCUUCCGCUUCUACUACAUUGGAAUAUCGCGCGGAUGGCGGAGUAUCUGGAAGACGCGGAAGUUCGAGGCUUGCUGCUAUCUGCUCUUCGCUACGCACGAAAUGCCGUUUGACUUGUUGUCUAGCGCUAGCGGCCUCAAUUGGGAGUUCGCGCAGGCUAUUUGGCAUCGCACUACCCUCACAGUCUGCUUGCUUAUAACGGCGCGAACCAAGAUCAAACAGUUUUCAGUUGCGACGGCUACGUACCACACCAACGUCAGCUCCGGCAACAGCGGCAGGGAGAAACGGAAAACCGACAAUAGUCUCGCGGAGACUGCGAAUGUGCGACGGAAGAUCUCGGGCUUCCUCCAGAAAUCGGUCGGUCGGUCAGGGAGAUCGGGUGGCCGACGCACCUCGGGGCCUCAAAUCCAUGUAUCUGUCGCCGCCAUGAAGCAGGUUGGCGAAUCGUAG